AGGGCGGGCAAGAUGGCGCCCGGCGAGUGAUUUGCGCGGAUUUCUCCGGUGGUGGCUCAGGCACCCGGGCGGGGGGUUCUGCUCCCACAGCCGCCCUUCCUCCUUUCCCCGGCCCCGGACCCCGCUCCUGCCCUUCCUUCCUGGACCUCGGGGGGUGGAGGGAGGCAGGCCUGGUUCCCGGGACAGCAUGUCGGACUCUGAGGAGGAGAGCCAGGACCGGCAACUGAAAAUCGUCGUGCUGGGGGACGGCACCUCCGGGAAGACCUCCUUAGCUACGUGUUUUGCUCAAGAAACUUUUGGGAAACAGUACAAACAAACUAUAGGACUGGAUUUCUUUUUGAGGAGGAUAACAUUGCCAGGAAACUUGAACGUUACACUUCAAGUUUGGGAUAUAGGAGGGCAGACAAUAGGAGGCAAGAUGUUGGAUAAAUAUAUCUAUGGAGCCCAGGGAGUCCUCUUGGUAUAUGACAUUACAAAUUAUCAAAGCUUCGAGAAUUUAGAAGACUGGUAUACUGUGGUGAAGAAAGUGAGUGAGGAGUCGGAAACUCAGCCACUGAUUGCCUUGGUGGGCAAUAAAAUUGAUUUGGAGCAUAUGCGAACAGUAAAACCUGAAAAGCACUUGAGGUUUUGCCAGGAAAAUGGUUUUAGUAGCCACUUUGUCUCAGCAAAGACAGGAGACUCUGUAUUCCUGUGUUUUCAGAAAGUUGCUGCUGAAAUCCUUGGAAUCAAAUUAAACAAAGCAGAAAUAGAACAGUCACAGAGGGUGGUGAAGGCAGAUAUUGUAAACUACAACCAGGAACCCAUGUCAAGAACUGUGAACCCUCCUCGAAGCUCUAUGUGUGCAGUUCAGUGAGUGCGUGGUCCCGUGUUGGUGUGCUGGCUGCCCUGCCUUUGUGUGGGCCAAGGACCUGGAGGAGCUGGUUUAUCAGGGGCCAACUCUGUAGCUCAGUUAACCCUUCCCUCCCCGCUCGCUUUCCCUGCGUGUGCUGCUCCCAGCCGCAGGCAGCUCCUGGACCGGAGAGAAUUCCACUUCGGGACCACACACUUGGAAUUCAGAUGGAAAGCACAUUCUCUGGAGUUAGACUGCCUCAUUGAAAGAGAGUAUAUAGGUUCUCUUUAAUGUCUUCACUUCUUUUUUCCCAGAUGGCAAUUUUUUAAAACAAGUAUGGAAGCUAUCCAAGUCCUGAUCCUCAGCCAGGAUUUUGCUACAGCACAGUUUCAUUCUCUUAUCUGAACUCAUACAUGGCAAACAUGCUUCAGAGUACAGACGUUUAACAAGUAAUAUAUUUUAUCUACAGAUGCUAAGAAGGCGACCUUUUGCUGUCUAUCGUGAGAGAAAAUAUAUAAAGCUGUAUCUAACGGAAAAUGCUGGAAAUAAAGCUGUAAUAGAAAUAUUUUUUCCAUUUUUUUAACAAAGGACCUAAACUGUUUAUAUUGUAGCUAUAGCUCACAGAGUGGUGAGUAUUGCUGUUUUACUUUAUCACUGUGUCAUGGUCAUGUGCAUUGUGGAAUACUCAGGUCCAAUGCUGCAUGGACUUGGAUGGAUGCAUCCGGGUACCCCAGGACAAGUUAGGCCUGUUGUUGGAUCAUUGUGGAUCAGACCUGUACCUGAUGUUCAGAUGUUUUUCUCCUGCAAAUAAAUUUAUUUAAAUUA